AUGGAGAUAGGCAAGCUUACAAUUCACCCGAUGCCUCGAAUAGGAACGUUUGUAUAUGGUGAUUCGUGGGCGGUGUACAACUUGAUGAGCGCCUGUGCAGCUUGUCAAGAUGGUGGAUGGAGAUCGUGGCCCGUGUGGUCAACUGCCUGUGGCGCGUCGGAGAACUUGGUGGCUGCACAGGCGUUUCCCUCACAGAUUACGAUCCCGAGUACGACGUUGAUUCCGAUUUAUGCAGCGAAAGACCCAUCGUCCUGGACAGCCUCCUCAUUUAAUGUAACUGAAGCGAAAUUUGUUGGAUCUGGAGACUUUACCCAGACUUCCUCUGCCUCUACGCAGUCAAGUACGACCUCACCCACUUUGUCACCAACAACCACUCCAUCUGGUCAAACAUCUACCCAUACUGGAGCAAUAGUUGGUGGAGUUCUUGGAGGUGUGCUCGGGAUACUACUACUCGCUCUUCUGGCUGUAUUUCUUCUGUGCCCGUCUCUCCUUUCAAGGCGUCGUUCGGAAGCGGAACCGGCGAUGACACAAAACUCAAACCUCGUACCCAGAAGUAACCCAGUAUCAACAUACACGACGUCGGCUCCUCCGCAUUCGGAACGAAUGGUUCCCCAACCGCCCUUUGCGAGCCAACCCACAUUCCAACAUCCCACGGCCAACUAUUCGUCUACAUCAAUAUUCGGCUCUCAUCAGCCGUACUAUCAGCACUCGCUACUGGCGUCCGACGUUCCUUCAUUAUCAUCUCCGCCUCGGACGGACGAGCGCAGUUUUAUGACAGAUCCGUCAAACAGGUCCAUCAGCGUAUAUUCGGCACCCGUAGCGCAGCACAUUCCGACGAGAGUCGAGCUUUCACGGCAAAAUUCGUCCCAAAGCUCAACAUAUCCGCUGCUUGGGCCCAACCACUCGUUGGGCCGACAAUACCACGCUGGAACUGUCGAGGGGAGUUUAGCGAGUGGAGAAGAUAUUGAAAGGAGCUCGACUAUGUCUCCUGCCGCAUCUUCCAUCUUUGAGGCUGCGCCUCCCUAUCGCCCGCCAGAGUCUACAACUCCGCGGUUGCCCAACAUAGAUAGUAAACCUCAUCUGGAGACUGUAGUCGAGCAGUAA